AUGCUGGACAUCUACUCCGUCCUCACGGUGGGCGCACUUGGGGCGGGUGCCAUGUUUUACGCCUACUACGUCAACCAACAAGCAGCUGGCCCCGUCUCGGCCCAAGCCACGCCCAAGCCCUUUCCAAAGGCCAAGCGCACCACUCGGGCUCAGUCGGGUCUCACCGCUUUGCGAGCUCGUGCAAAGAUUGCGUAUGAUGACAGCAAUGCCGAUCACCAAAGACUUCUGCAGCGCUUGUGGACCGCCAUGCGCCCGAAUCAGCCCUACCCGGGUGCCUUGAGCCUGGCCUGGCGUGAUCUCGGCUUUCAAGGCGAGGAGCCAGCCACCGACUUUCGGGGCAUGGGAUUGUUGGGGCUUGAUGCCCUGGUGUAUGCCGCCGAACACCAUCAAGCCGACCUCAUUGAUCGUAUCAAUCGUCCCAACGACGAUGUUUUCUUUUACUUCUUUGCCAUCGGAGGCAUCAACAUUGCCGAGACCAUCCUGCGGCUGUUGGAAGAUGAAGCGGCCCUGGCCAAUGCUGUCUUGGACCGAGAAGCCGACGCAGCCACCUGCUUUGGGCGUGUCGUUGUGGACGCGUGGCUGCAGUUUGACCAGGUGUUUAUCCUGUACAUUCAACAGUUUCUGGCCGAUGGUAACCCGCCCGAGCUGACCAUUAUGCAGUUUGAACAGGCGCGCCAGCGCUUUGAGGCGCACUAUCGUGAUCGGAUGGCAACGUUGGUGGCCGACGGGGGCGAGACCCUUUCCAUCCUCUUGGCGGGAUAACCGCAGUGACUGGAUGUUGUUGUCAUGGCUGUAAGGCUUUCCUCAUGGAGCGUGCAGACCUCGUUCAAAGCUGAUCCAAUCGCUCAAAACAGCCACAUCGACCCAAGUACUUAGUCUCAAGAUUAACAGGCUUUGUCGAAACACCCGCUGUGUUUGUAACACAUGUCAGAUUGACCGAGUCGACUGGCCUGUCAGUGCAAUUGAGUUGCAUUUCC